CCAUGUAAGUAAAACACUCCAUAGCUACCGUCUUCCAUGAAACUGAAGAAAUGAUAGAGAGAGGCAAAAGGAAAAUCGAAAUCAAAAUAAAAAUUCCAACUUUUUCCAUCUUGCUAUUAUUGUUGUUGUUGUUGUUGUUACCUCGUGGAUUUCGCGUUUCUCUAAACCCUCGAACUCUCUAGGCAUCGACCUACGAGAUAAAGCUGCAAUCUUGGAGCUCAAAUCCCAUUUUGAAGGCUGCAAUCUUGGAGCUCAAAUCCCAUUUUGAAGGCAGCAGCAAGAAUGACUUCUCCAUCUCCAAUGGCUCCGACUGCUGACGGCGCUCAACCUCUCUGCCCUCAAUUUGACCGACGAAAUCCACUCCUCUCUCUGCAACUUCACUCUCCUUGGAUUGGGACUCUUCCAAACUUAAGAGGCUCAAUUCGGGGUUUAACAAUUUCAGUGGGGAAACUCCAUUUUAGGAGGGAUUUCAACAUACAUUUCUGCUUGUCAGCUCAAAUUGAUUCAACCAACUAGAAUAUGAGAUUUCUCUAAAAUUGAAUUUUUUUAGAAGUUGGUUGUUUUGGACUUGAACUUUAACAAGCUGUUUGAAAAUUUUCCAUCCACUCUUGCUAUUUGAUGUGUCGAAUAAUCUGUUAAGGUGAUAUUCCAUCAUCGGUCACGAAGCUAAAGAACUUGAAGGCCUUCGAGAGAGGUGGGGCCCACCUUUUAGAAAAUAAUAAAAAAAUUAUAAAAAGAAACCGUGUUUUCAAGCCGUUAGGGCGAAGGGGUGAAUUGAACUCAAUUUAAGAUUUCAGGGGUUAAUUGAACCCAAGUCUAAUUUAGGGUGCCAGACGUGAAAAGUGGUGUUAAUGUUAGUGGUGUUUUUGAUGGUUAAUCCUAAGUUUUAAUGGAUAUAGUACAUUUUAUUUUUAUUACAUGAGAAUGAAUAAUUUAUGUGUUGGCUCCUGUUUCUUUAUUCUCACUUCUCGAUCAGUCGUUCUAUGCCUCUCUCCCCCGUCUCUCGACCAGUCCACCGCGCGCCGCCUCCUAGUCCGACGCAGCGUCGGCGUCCGGCCUCUGCCUCAGCCGCCGCCCUCCUGAGCUGUACUGAAAGGCGAAAACAGUCGGCCCUCCGCCGCGCCUCCCGACCCGCUUCCUCCAGUCGGCAGUGAGGAGCCGCCGAUUCAGAGUCUCAGACGCCUCAGACUGAUUAAUAAAUACCGGACAAAACUGCUGCCGAUGAGAAAUGUAUCACCGUCUUCAGCUAAAAACUAAUAAAAGGAGUGUUCAGAUAUGCUUUAUCUCAGUUUGCACACGAAUAUCUAAACAUGUCUAUUGCAGCCUCGUUGCUCCCGCAAUUCAAAGCCUACCAACUCAUUCUUCCCAAUUUCAAACUAAUCUGCCUGAAAUUAAACGCUACAUUAUGUCCUCUAACAAAAAGAUAACCUCUUACAUUCGAUGCGGGGAUCUAAAUUCAGCUUUGCAAGUUUUCUGGAGUAUGAAGAUGAGGGAUACGGUCUCUUGGAACUCAAUUCUUGCUGGGUUUUCGAGCAAGCCUGGGAAAUUGAGAGAAGCCUGCCAACUGUUCUACAAAAUUGCUGAACCAGAUUAUGUUUCAUACAAUCUCAUGUUGGCUUGUUAUUUCAGAAAUGGCAACGUGGAAGCUGCUAAGGAAUUCUUCAAAAAGAUCCCAGUUAAAGAUACCGCUUCGUGUAAUACUAUGAUUUCAGGGCUUAUGCAGAAUGGGAGGACGGAUGAAGCUCAGGAGUUUUUUGCUGUCAUGCCGAGAAGGGACGUUGUCACCUGGAAUGCAAUGAUAGCUGGAUAUGUUGAGAGUGGGAAUAUGGAAUCGGCAUUGAAAUUAUUCGCGGAGGCUCCUUUGAAGGAUGUUGUUAUGUGUACGAGUGUAAUAAGUGGAUACAUGAGGACUGGGAAGGUUGAAUUUGCUGAAAAUAUGUUCCAUGAGAUGCUGGACAAGAAUUUGGUUACAUGGAAUGUGAUGAUUUUAGGCUAUGUCAAGAAUGGUAGAGGAGAGGAUGCUUUGAAGCUUUUCAAGGAAAUGAUGGAAUCGGAGAUUCAAGGCAAUCCAUCUAGUAUGUGUAUCGCCCUUUCAGCUUGUAGUAAUUUGUCCAUGUUGAAAUUGGGGAAACAAAUCCAUCAGCUUAUUUUCAAGUCCCCUAUGUGUUUGGACACAAAAGUGGGGACUUCGUUGAUUAGCAUGUAUUACAAGUGUGGGGUUCUUGAAGAUGGAUGGAAACUCUUUGUGGGGAUGCCGCUUAAAGAUGUGGUGACUUGGAAUGCAAUGAUUUCAGGUUAUGCCCAACAUGGGGUCACCCACAAGGCUCUCGAUCUAUUUAAUGAGAUGAGAAGUCAAGGAAUGAAACCGAAUUCUAAUACCUUUAUUGGAGUUUUAUCUGCCUGUAACCAUGCAGGAUUAGUAGAACUUGGGGUUCAUUAUUUUGAGAAAAUGCGGAAGGAUUACGGAAUUGGAGUAAAACCAGAUCAUUAUGCAAGCAUGAUUGAUCUUCUUGGUCGAGCUGGUAAGCUUACUGAUGCUCUGGAUUUGAUCAGAAGAAUGCCGUUUGAACCUCAUUCUGCCAUGUAUGGAUCCCUUCUCGGUGCUUGUCGGGUUCAUAAGAACUUGGAAAUUGCGGAGUUUGCUGCCACAAAAUUGCUUAAUCUCGAACCUAGUAAUCCAUUUGCAUAUGUGCAACUUGCAAAUGUGUAUGCUGCAAAGAAGGAAUGGGAAAGUGCUCGUAGAGUUAGAAGGGCAAUGAAGGAUAUUAGAGCCAUUAAAACACCUGGAUAUAGUUGGAUUGAGAUAAAGAGUGUGAUUCAUGAGUUUAGAUCAGGAGAUAGGCUUCAUCCUGAACUGAGAAACAUACACCGAAAACUUAACGAGCUUGAGAAGAAAAUGAAGUUGGCAGGGUAUGUGCCUGAUCUUCAAUCUGUCUUGCACGAUGUCACAGAGGAUGAGAAGGAGCAGCUACUUCUUUUGCAUAGCGAGAAACUGGCUAUAGCCUUGGGAAUAAUAACCCUGCCAUUGAGUGAGCCUAUCAGGGUUUUCAAGAACUUGAGAGUUUGUGAUGAUUGCCAUCUUGCAACGAAAUAUAUUUCAGCAAUAGAAGGUAGAGAGAUCAUUGUUAGAGAUACAACACGAUUUCACCAUUUUAAAAAUGGAAUGUGCUCUUGUGGGGACUACUGGUAAUACUUUUUUAUGUGAGGAAGGUCCAGGCAAAGCUCUUUUCAGGGCUUUCUAACCAGUGGAAGACAGAGCUAAUUAUCAUAUGGUUUCAACGAGGCAUGGGAUUACCUGGCACAAUCUUCUUAGCUUCCCACUUAACUGCUGACCGAAGGAUCUCCAGUGUCGAUUUUAUUAACGUUUUUGAUUAAAUUCAUCCGUGUUGGAUCGUGAAAUGAUUGAUGGACAUAUUCAAUGUCAUUUUAGUUUCUCUUGGCUUUCUGCAAGCAUCCCAGAUAAUGUUGGAGAUGAAUCAAGUGAGAGUUACGGAGAGUGAACUUUCAUUAGUAAGAUAUAUAUGAGAAUGUUCCCAAGGAAUAUUUGAAACUUCUGAGGCUUGAUGAGUUUUGCAUAUCAGAAAACAAGCAGCUUCAUAAGGGGAACUUAAGAUGUGCGAAAUGAAACUAUUUAGCUCAAUAUGUUUUUGUCACCAUAAGAAGGUGAUGAAAGUUCUCAGAGCAAAGAAGCAUGCAAAGAUGGAGAGGAAAAUGUUGGAAUCAGGCCAUUUGCAAAUGCGUUCGGAAAAGCAGAGUAUGCUCUGAGUCUAAGAACAAGAAUCAGGCAUCAAGAAAACGAGGAGGAACAGUGCAUGUACGUGCUUGAUAGAAUUAUUGAUGGCGAAAACAGACAUCCAAGGUGAAUCAUUGUUUAAUGUAGAUAUGCAUAUUGAAAAUACCGAUCAGAAAAUGAGUUUUCUUAUCUUAACAUUUCAUUUACUUA